CCUGUAAUAUCCUUCACUGCACCGGGCCAAUCGAGGUUACUCAUCAAAUGCCCGGCACCUUCAUUAUCUGUGGCGAGUUUUCCUCGGUACAGAUCAGGAACUAAAGCGACAAAUUCUCCUUUCUCCGCGAUUUCUUUUGCUUCGUCCUGAAUCUGUUGGUUUAGGCCCCACCAUUCCUGCAACACGAUCAAACCACGUGCACUGCUCGAAUCUUUUCCCUUUACAAACACGGCUGGGCAUUCUCCCUGCGCGUUUUCUGACGCGAAUUUAACGUUUUCUACAAGCAUUGACAUCGUUCUUCUGAAAUAGUCAGGCUUUGGACAGAAUGAGCUCUUUAUAACAGUUGAGACUCGAGCUUUGAUGCAGAACAUUUUACUCAAGGUAUUUAAUUCCGUUUAUUUUGUACAUUCCUCGAAUUUCAUUACAAAUUUCCUUGUUUUCGUAAGUAUAUAAAAUCAGACUCAAUUAAUAAAAUAAAACUUUCCUAUUAAAUAACACGCUUGCUUUCUCAUGUUAAUUUAUACUGCAGUAUGUCACAUUUCACUUUUACUGUAAAAUCAAGUUUUUGUUGCCUUUUUGGUAUAAAACAUUUUAAAAACAAAAACUUUUGUUUCACUUUCAAAUAUAAUUUCCUUGGUUUUCAGAUGGACUAAAUUUUUCUCCUAACCCCCGGAUUUUUAUCAAAUUAAUGAAGUGGGAGAGUAGAGAUGGCAUAAUACCAGGGGGGUUAGGCACUCAAAAAUGUACAAAACUUGCGUAAUUUCAGCUUUCAAAAUGGCGUCAAUAAGGAGUUGUUUUCGCCAAAGAAAUGUUCAAUGUUUCCCCCAGAGGGAUUGGUUGAAUUUUGGUAUAAAUAAUCAGAAAAUCACGCGUUUUCGUGCAGGUAUUUACAUAAUGAUUUAAUAUUUGCAUAUUGAUAUGGCUAAGGUGGUACUGUACAAAAAAUAGGCUGAAUUUGUGAAACUAUUAACUUUAUACUGGAUGGCUCAUCCCUUAUUGUUGCUCAGGAGGAAACCAUCAGUUCUAAACUGUUCUCCCUAGAGAGUUCCCUAGAGAUCUAGUAAGAGUCAUCUCUUAUUGAUCCAGUGUUACUACAGGAGGAAACCUAAACUAAACUAACUUUAUUUAUACUGGAUAGCUCUAUCAGUUCUAAACUGUUCUCCCUAGACUAGAGGUCCAGUAAGAAUCAUCUCUUAUUGAUCCAGUGUUACUGCAAGAGGAAACUUAAACUAAAAUAACUUUAUUUGCUGUGUUGGUGUAAUGUAUUUAUACUGGAUAGCUCCAUCAGUUCUAAACUGUUCUCCCUAGAGCUCCAAUUAUAAGGAUCAUCUCUUAUUGAUCCAGAAGUGCUACUUCAGGAGGAAACCCAAACUAACUUAUACUGGAUAUUCAUCUGAUUAUCACUACGUUUUAGCACCAGUAUCAACGUUAUCUCAAAACAUGCCCAAACAAAACAUGCCCAAACAAAACAUGCACAACCUUGCAACUGUCAACAGUACAACCCCUCAUGUCGCACUCAUUGGACCAUCAGUCCGACGUCUUUUGGACUCCUAUGGUCUCGACAGACACUCAAUAAAACCAAGCGGUCACAAAGGACAGCUUUUGAAAGGAGAUGUUCUCAAAUAUAUCGAUGAACAUGCAAAGGCAGAAAUAAAGUUCACACAUAUUUUACAAGGUAAAUAAACUAGUCAAGAAUUACGGUUAUUGAUUUUACCAUAGCAUGCAAAUGAUGGUAAUAGUAGUAGCAAAAGUUCAGUUCAUAGGGAUGCAAUGAAGAUGCAACUACUUUUUUAUUACUGGUGCUACUUGCACUGUAACCUGUGCCUAAAAAGAUAAUGUGCCUUUCAGACAAAAUCCCAGCCAGUGGCCCUAUGACUCAGGAAUCAAAUAUUGGCUAUGUUGAUGUUGGUCUGAGUAGCGCAAGACAAGCAAUUGCGAGGCAGAUGAUGGAAUCGAAGAACACCACACCUCAUACAUACAACACCAUCGAUUGCAGGGUUGAUAACCUGUUUGCUAUAUGCAAAAAAUUUGAUCAUUCUGUAUCAAUUUAUGACUUUGUUAUAAAAGCUGCGGCAUUAGCACUUUGUCUGUUACCGCAUGUGAACACAUCAUGGUCAGAUGGCAGCUUGGUGCAGCUCAGUGGUAUCAAUAUUGGGAUAGCUGUCAAUUCUCCAAAUGGAGUCAUCACUCCAGUUAUAAAUAAUGCAGAUCAGCUGGAUGUAUCCAGCAUUUCUCAAACAGUAAUGGUAGGUGUACAUUCUUUCAUGACCAGAUUUUGAGGGGGGGAGGAUGUGCCCGAAUAUUAAAGUCAAAAUAAUGAGUGGGUGACUGGACAGGAUGGCAAACAGUAUUCCCUUCAAAACGGAAGAGGUUAUUUUGCUGGCCUCAGAGUGACAAAAUGUAACAAAGCAAUGGUUUUACUAACACUAACCCUAUUCCAAACACCUACUCUUAACCCUAUUAACCUAACCCUACUCCAAGUUUGUUUCUAAAGCAAUCUUCAUGAAGAAAAAAGUUUCGACGAAAUAUCAUUCUGAGGUCAGCGAACUAUCCUUUCCCCUUCAAAACAAGGAAAAGGCAAGCAAAUUAGGGUCAUGAGAAUUUUUUCUCCUCAAUUUCAGGAACUCAAAGAACAAGCUAAGAAUGGAUUACUUAGACCUGAGCAACUCCAAAAUGCUUCAUUCACAAUCACCAACCUCGGGAACUUGGGUGUAAAAAGUUUCACUGCAAUAAUCACCCCUCCUCAGUCGGCCACGCUUACAGUUGGUGACAGUCAAGUGCUAGUGAAUGACAAUUACAAACUUUCAAAUGUUAUAAAUGUGACUUUGUGUUGUGAUGGGAGAGUCAUUGAUGAACAAUUAGCCUCGGAAUGGUUGACUGUGUUUAAGGGUUUCAUAGAGAACCCUUUGCAGAUGGGACUGUAGUUCAGUUGUGUCGAAGAUAGAUUAAUGUAUUUCAUAUAGUAGUUACCAUAAAUAAAGAGACAUGAUAAGCUAUAUUUAAACUAUAUUUAUUUAUACUUAAUAGCUAGCUCUCCUUAACGUAGAGGUAACUAAGUUUUAUUCAUACUGAACAGCUCUAUCAAUUAGAGUUAUCCCUUAUUGUCUCAGUGUUAUUACAGGAAGAAACCUAAUUAGGAAUAUUUUAACGAAAAUUUAUAUGCAUUUCUAGACCUAACCAGGGGCAGUUGAGAAAACUACAGGCUUUCUGGCAGGAAUUGAACCUGCAAUUUCGGUACAGCACUCUAACCAAGGUUAUUUCAGGCCUUCUGGUAGGAAUCGAACCUGUGAUUCCCAUACAGCGCUCUAACCAAGGUUAUACUACUGGCUUUCUGGCAGGAAUUGAACCUGCGAUUCCCAUACAGUGCUCUAACCAAGGUUAUACUACAGGCCUUCUGGUAGGAAUCGAACCUGCGAUUCCCAUACAGUGCUCUAACCAAGGUUACUACAGGCCUUCUGGUAGGAAUCGAACCUGUGAUUCCCAUACAGUGCUCUAACCAAGGUUAUACUACAGGCCUUCUGGUAGGAGUCAAACCUGUGAUUCCGAUACAGUGCUCUAACCAAGGUUACUACAGGCCUUCUGGUAGGAAUCAAACCUGCGAUUCCCAUACAGCACUCUAACCAAGGUUAUACCACAGGCCUUCUGGUAGGAAUCAAACCUGCGAUUCCCAUACAGCACUCUAACCAAGGUUAUACCACAGGCCUUCUGGUAGGAAUCAAACCUGCGAUUCCCAUACAGUGCUCUAACCAAGGUUAUACCACAGGCCUUCUGGUAGGAAUCAAACCUGCGAUUCCCAUACAGUGCUCUAACCAAAGGUUAUACUUCAGGCCUUCUGGUAGGAAUUGAUUCCUACCAGAAGGCCUGAAGUAUAACCUUGGUUAGCGCACUGUAUGGGAAUCACAGGUUUGAACCUGUGAUUCCCAUACAGUGCUCUAACCAAGGUUAUACUACAGGCCUUGUGGUAGGAAUCGAACCUGCGAUUCCCAUACAGUGCUCUAACCAAAGGUUAUACUUCAGGCCUUCUGGUAGGAAUCGAACCUGCGAUUCCCAUACAGUGCUCUAACCAAAGGUUAUACUUCAGGCCUUCUGGUAGGAAUCGAACCUGCGAUUCCCAUACAGUGCUCUAACCAAGGUUAUACUACAGGCCUUGUGGUAGGAAUCGAACCUGUGAUUCCCAUACAGCGCUCUAACCAAGGUUACUAGGUUACGUGUGAAACUGUAUAUAAAUUUGCGUUCGAAUAUUCCAUCUACAAGAAAACCAUUACAGAGUUUCUUCUCACAUAAUCAGACAAGUCGGCAUAUUGCAGAAAUCAAACCUCAAUCAGAGGCGAAAGACAUGGACUAAUACCCAAUGCACCAAGUUAUUGUGCAUUUAUACUGGAUAGCUCUAUCAGUUCUAAACUGUUCGUCCUAGAGGUCCAGUAAGGAUCAUCUCUUAUUGAUCCUGUGUUACAACAGGAGGAAACCUAAACUAAACUAACUUUAUUUAUACUGGAUAGCUCUAUCAGUUCUAAACUGUUCUUCCUAGAGGUCCAGUAAGGAUCAUCUCUUAUUGAUCCUGUGUUACUACAGGAGAAAACCUAAACUAAAGUAACUUUAUUUAUACGGGAUAGCUCUAUCAGUUCUAAACUAUUCUCCCUAGAGGUGCAGUAAGGAUCAUCUCUUAUCGAUCCGACCUGUGAUCGAACAAGCACCAACGCUCUAAUCAUCUCCUGAAUUCGCUUGAGCACUCGUUCACUUAGUGGAAACUGGUACUUAAAGCAUCGACAGGACCUUUCACAGACUGUGUGUGAUCCUUGAUAGUCAGCUUAAUCUUGCCUCCAGUUCUCUCCUCCAGAGAAGAGUGAGUUGAAUAGUCCGUGCGAUGCGAUUCUUCAACUUCCAGUACCACACU